CCAUAAUAAACUACAACGCCACUCAGAAUAGUCGUGGCACUUAUCUACUAGAUUGUGCAACAGCGAGCAAUAUGACUGACAAGUUAGAUGCGGAACAAUUUAACGACGACGAACUAGAGGCACCUGCUUGGCUGAAUCGUCAAUUUAUAGAGGAAAUUCUGAGCGCGUACGAAGAUUCCCCGGAACUAAAAGUUGUCGAUCUUAAAAUCACACCCGCAAGUGCCCAGGGAGAUCACUAUGCCAGCGUUAUGUUCCGAACAACUGCAGAGUGUACCACCGCGAAGGGAAAGUUCAGUAGGCCACUAAUCAUCAAGGCGAUGCCCGAGCAGGAUGGACACAAGAAGGAUAUGCUCAGCGAAUCGCAUCUAUUCGAAACCGAGAUCGGAAUGUACUGCCAGGUUCUUCCGGAAUUCGAGAGAAUUCUGCGGGAAUCCGGAGACGAUACAAAGCUAUUUGUUCCCUGCAUUUACCAUAGCCUGGAGCCGCGUAAGGUGAUGAUAUUUGAGGACCUUGUGCCCCAGGGAUAUUAUGUCAUUCGAGACCGUCCGGUUGCUCAGGAAGAACUCAAAACAGCCUUUGCUAAACUGGCCAAAUGGCAUGCAAUUAGCAUGAAAUACAUUAAGGAGCAACCUGACUUCCUAAAGGAGUUUAAGUAUGGCCUCUUCGAGAUGCCCACUGUAAAGACCGACCCUUUUAUUACAACUGGCAUGCAGAGCUUCAUUGAAAUGCUGGACAGAUUACCAGAGCUAAGAAAGUAUAAGCCUCAUUUCGAAAAGAUAAAAGAUAAGUACAUGCAACGACUACAAGCUGUGAUGAAGGAAUACCAUGAAAAUCGAAAGAGUGAUGCCUUCUAUGUCCUCUGUCAUGGUGACUUCCAUCUUCGCAAUAUGAUGUUCAAGAACAACAAGGGGACGGGAGCCCACGAGGAUACCAUGCUGGUGGAUUUCCAGAUUAGCAACCUUUGUCCCAUCACAAUUGAUCUCACAUAUUCCAUCUAUAUGCUGAUGGAGCCGGAACAACGCAGAGAAAUGGGAAAGGACUUGAUUAAUCACUACUUAACCGUUUUGGUUGCCACCCUCAAGAGCAUUGGAUACCCAGGUGAACUGCCAACCCAAGCGAAACUCUGGGAUGAAAUCCAUAAGAACAAGUAUUAUGAUUUCUUUUUGUUGAGCACUUUUCUGCCCUUGAUUUUGGCCAUCAAAUCGAAGAGUUUUAAAGUGAACGACCUUAUACAGGAUCCGGAAACCCGCCAAAAAACCUACUUUUUGGAUACAUAUGUUAAAGAUGUUUCCAAACUAUUGCCGAAAUUCGAGCAACUUGGCUACUUUAAAUGUCUAUAGCUCUCAUUUAUUUACAUAAAUAUGUUGCCCUUAUUUUGUUUAUUCCAUUAUUUUGUUUUCCGGUUGAAAUACAUAUGUACAUAAGUACUUACGAAAGGAACAUUUCUUCCAAUAAAAGAUUAUUACUGAAACAU